UGCCCAUCCUUCUGCCGUAAUUCAUCCAUUAGUUUGUUGCCUCCUCCAUCAUCUUGCUCUGGAUUUAAUCGUUGCUGCCAGACCACUGUCCCAAUGGAACUCAGGAUGAUGCUAUUGUCCGUGCAUACCAUGAACACCUUUCAAAAAUCAUGGGAGUCUGAUCUGUGUAGCUUUCUCAUGAUUGCACAUAAGGAUUUCUCCGACUUCAACAAGUUUAACUUUUCGAGUUGUAAAGGCAGCGAUGGGGUUCCUACAGUUCUGAACUGGGGAAUUGGAAAUAUUAGCUGCCAUGAAGCUGUGGAAAAGAGCAGUUACGUGUGUGGAGAAAACAGUCAAUGCAUAAAUUCAAGUACUGGAGUCGGAUACUCGUGUAGAUGCUUGCAAGGUUUUCGAGGGAAUCCUUAUCUCCACGACGGUUGCCAAGAUAUCAAUGAGUGUGAAUCUCCUGAAAAGAAUAAGUGCCCUAAGGACGCUAUCUGCGUUAAUUCUCCUGGCAGCUACUACUGCACUUGUCCACCAGUGAAACGGAAAUUGGUUGCAUUCAUCUCGUUAGGCAUUGGACUUGCAAUUGGCUUUCUAAUCUUGGCAUUAGGCUGCCUUUGGACGCACCGUCACCUGAAGAAAGUAGAAGAUGACAGAGCCAAAAAGAGGUUCUUCAAAAGAAACGGUGGUUUGUUGCUGCAACAAAAGGUAUCUUCAAGUCAAGGAAAUGUAUUAGAAGCAAGGCUUUUCAUCACACAAGAGCUGGAAAAGGCUACAGACAAUUUCAAUGAAAGCCGUAUUCUAGGCAAAGGUGGACUUGGUACCGUCUACAAAGGAAUGCAAUCAGAUGGAACUAUUGUUGCUGUGAAAAAAUCAAACAAAAUUGAUCAAGAAGAAGUGUCGCAGUUUGUUAAUGAAGUCGUCAUCCUCUCACAAAUAAGUCAUAGACACAUAGUGAAAUUGUUAGGUUGUUGUUUGGAAACCGAAGUUCCAUUACUUGUAUAUGAAUAUGUGUCAAAUGGCAGCCUUUGGCACCAUCUCCAUGAUGAUCCUAGUGGUAGGAUGAUCACUUGGGACAAUCGUUUGUGUAUUGCCACAGAAGUUGCAGGGGCGCUUGCUUAUUUGCACUCAUAUGCUUCUACAGCCAUUUUCCACCGGGAUAUAAAGUCAAGCAACAUAUUGUUGGAUGAGAACUACAGGGCUGUUGUCACUGAUUUCGGGAUUUCAAGGUCAGUACCUAUUGAUAAAACACACUUAACUACGCUAGUCGGAGGCACAUUUGGUUACCUAGACCCUGAAUACUUCCAGUCCGGGCAACUCAAUGACAAAAGUGAUGUUUAUGCCUUUGGUGUAGUUCUUGCCGAACUUCUAACAGGCCAAAAGGCUGUGUCUUCUGAUAAAUCUGACGAAGGUUUGGUUAUUAAGUUUCGUUCAGCAAUAGAGGAGAACCGAUUGUUUGAAAUUUUGGACAGGAUAGUUGCAGAUGAAGGCUUAGAUGAGGAAAUUCUUGCGGUUGCUAAGCUUGCAAAAAGAUGCCUAAAACUCAAUGCUAGAAAAAGGCCAAGCAUGAAGGAGACAGCUGCUGAACUUGAUCAACUGAGGAGGAUAAGAGAAGGGUCAACAGGUAAAGAAAGUUUUCAGAGUGGUUACUGCUCAGUGAGUGAAAGAGCUCAUAGUUGCAAUGUUGAUUUAACUACUGAAGAUGGCCCAGAGGAAGAUGCACCGCUGGAUGUUUGCUGUAGAAUAUAA